GUAGCUGAGGGAUCACCCAAGCGGAUUGUGUAGCAUGUGAUACCUUUCAUCCUUCUCUCUGGUAAUACUUUUGGUAUAUGUAACUUUGUUUGUUGCAAUCAAUACAAUGAAAUAAGACCAAAUAAGACGCGAUAUUGAAAACAAUUGAAAAAGUUAUAAGCGUGCGAAAUGUCGCAAAAUUUAGAGCAUUCAUUUCUCAAUAAUGAGAAACUCACGGAAGUAAAACAGAUGUUAGAAACAGUGAUGAGGAAACUGGAACAAAUAGAAUUUCUACUGAAUCAUUUUGAGUAAUUGCUACUACAAUUAAUAAAAGACAGCAGCAAUUGCAACUGUAUCAGUAACCUCAACACAGUCAGAGCAGCCAUCAGGUGCUACAGAAACAGCAGGAACAACUAGCAACAAAACAUUAGGGAAUGGGACACAGAUGGGCAUGCGCCCAUUAGCAUCAGCAGCAAAGCAUUCCUUAUCCAUGGAGAGAAAACAAAAAAAGAGAAAAUAGAAAAUGGAUAAACAAUGCAAGAAAUUCGACUUAAAAGGAAUAGACCAAAUGUUACGCUCGCGCACGUUCCUCGCGCAUACUCUGGCAUACCCCACGUGGAAUCGGUGGAAUGCGUAUUCGCAUUGCAUACUUGUCAACAGCACAUAAGAGAAGCAAGAAGAGAUCGUUUAUUUCUAAGUACAGAAAGUUGGUCAGUGAGACGGAAUGUCCCGUUUAAUAGUGAAAAAUUUGCCAAAAAAUGUCACAGAUAUCAAAUUGAAAGAAUUAUUCAGUCAAAAGGGUAUUGUGACUGAUGUUCAGUUGAAAUAUGCAAAAGAUGGAAAAUUUCGACGAUUUGCAUUCAUUGGUUAUAAAACAGAAGAGCAAGCAAAAUUAGCUCAAUCUUAUUUUGAUCAAACUUGCAUUGAUACUAGUAAAAUAUCUGUCGAACAGUGUGCAAAUUUAGGUGAUGUUAAGUCAAAGAAGAAAUCUGUAGAUUUGGUAGAAAAGAACAAUAUAGAGGAAACUAAACGCAAAAGCGAUACAAAGAAGAAAAAAGAGGCAGAUAAAAAGAAAAAUGAUGAAAUUAAGAAAGCACUUGAAAAACACAAGGAUGAUCCUUUAUUUACGGAGUUUCUUGAAUCACACACACAUACUGGUAAGGAAGCAAAAGAAAUUUGGAAAAAUGAUAUUGAUGUAUCUGUGAAAGAAGAAACUGUUGCAAAGUCUGAGGAUGAAUUUGAUGAUAAGGAAGAUGAUGAGUCUAAAGAAAGUGCAGAAAAGAUAAAACUUUCAAAUAAAAAUGAUGAACCUGACUGGUUACGUCAGAGUGGAAUAAAAUCUCUGACAAAAGAUGUACCAAAGCAUGGGUUAUUGACAUUCUACACUGUAAAAAUGCGAGGACUUGCAUAUAAACACACGAAAAAAAAUAUCAAGCAAUUCUUUCGUCCUAUAAAACCAAAAUCUAUACGAAUUCCACCAAGAAUUAAAGGGAUAGCUUAUGUGGGAUUUAAAACAGAACAAGCCAUGAAAAAGGCUCUUUUGAAAAAUAAGAGUUUUCUAGAUGGGAAACAGAUAUUUGUAUCUAAAUACGAACGAAAAGAGGAAAUUGAAUCUAACAAGGAUGAUUCGUGUAAUAAAACUAAUGUUAAAUGGAAGAAACAAGAAGAGGCCUUAGAAAACGAAGAGAGUAUAGCAGAAUCUGGAAGAAUAUUUAUCAGAAAUUUAACAUACACAAUUACGGAGGAUGACGUUAGGAAAUUAUUCGAAAAAUAUGGUCCUCUGUCUGAAGUAGAUUUACCCGUGGAUAAAAUAACUAGGAAACCAAAAGGAUUUGGCACGAUAACGUUCCUGAUGCCAGAACACGCUGUAAAAGCUUACAGCGAACUGGAUGGUACUAUAUUAGAUGGUAGAAUGUUACAUAUUCUUCCUGGUAAGACAAAAGCUUCUUUGGAGGAUAUCAAUACUGAAAAUCUAACAUAUAAGCAGAAGAAAGAGCUGCAGACCAAGGCAACUGCGGGUUCGUCGCACAAUUGGAAUACGCUGUUUCUCGGACAGAACGCUGUAGCGGACGCUAUCGCGAAUCGCUACAACACGACGAAGGAGAAGUUACUGGAAGACGGAUCGAAUGGAAUGAGCGCCGCCGUUAAACUGGCAUUAGGAGAGACGCAACUGGCUCAAGAUACAAAAGCUUUUUUAGAGGAAAACGGUGUGUGUUUGGACGCUUUCAAUGGAGCGCCGAAAAAGAGGUCAAGUACUAUAAUCUUAGUGAAGAAUUUGCCAGCUCAAACAAAUACGAGCGAGCUGCGAGAAAGAUUUGCUAAAUACGGUGAUCUUGCGCGUAUUGUGAUGCCACCCGCGGGCAUAACAGCACUGAUCGAAUUUCUCGAACCAUCUGAGGCCCGCAAGGCUUUCCAUGCAUUAGCUUAUACAAAAUAUAAGCAUCUACCAUUGUAUUUAGAAUGGGCGCCGGAUAAUUGUUUUACCACGCCUGCAUCUAAAACCAAGACAGCUAAAAAUAAAAAACAGGCUACAAAAAAAUCAACGGAAGAUUCGGAAGAAGUUAAAGAUGAAAAAACGGUAGAACAAUCUUCGGAAAAGGAGAAGAAGAAUACGCGUAAAAAAAAGGAUGACGAGUUGGCCGAACCAGAUACAACUCUUUUUGUAAAAAAUAUCAAUUUUUCAACUACGGAAGAACAAUUAAAAGAUUAUUUCGGUAAAUGCGGUCCUCUUCAUUACGUUACGAUAGCAACUAAAAAGGAUCCGGAAGAUCCUGCUAAAAAAUUAUCUAUGGGAUAUGGAUUUAUAAGAUACAAGAGAAAGCUUGAUGCAGAUCGUGCGUUAAAAACGUUGCAAAUGUCGGUACUCGAUGGAAAGAGUUUGGAAUUGAAACGAUCUGAGAGAACAUUAAUGUCCGACGUCAAAACAACGAGAAAAAAGUCUAAAAUUAUCGAUCAAACUGGUACUAAAAUUUUAGUACGAAACAUACCCUUCCAAGCAACUAAGCAAGAAGUGACGGAAUUGUUCAAGUCGUAUGGUGAGUUGCAGGCCGUACGAUUGCCAAAGAAACUAGUUGGCAAUGAGAAGCACAGAGGAUUUGCCUUUGUUGAGUAUUAUGCUAAGACAGAUGCAAAGAAAGCAUUUACAGCUCUGUGUCAGAGUACUCAUUUGUACGGUCGAAGAUUAGUGCUUGAGUGGGCCCAGGCGGAGGAAGGUAUCGAGGAAAUUAGAAAACGUACUACAAAACAUUUUUAUCAAGAGAGUUUGACAAAGAAAUUCAAGAAAUCCAGGUUAGAUCCGGAAAGUGUUGGCCUUGAAUUAAAUUCAGUUCAGGAAAUAUAAUUUAUAAAUUAAUUAUUUACAAUUUUUUUAAAUACAUGUUAUUUAAAAAAUAA